CUCAUCUGAGGUUCUGUCUACAGCAUCUGUGUUUUUGACAGCACAGACAUGCCAGCAGCAACUAUGUCCAAGGGCAAAGCUCCAGCUGGCAUUUACCCACCAAUAGCACAGAUUAACCCUGCUGCAGACCCCCGAAGAAUGCGCAGGAUUAUAGCUGAAGAUCCAGAGUGGUCUCUAGCUGUGGUGCCCUUGCUUACAAACCUGUGUCUUCAACACAUAGUGAAACAUUUUGAAGAAAGGCCUAUUCUGGAUGAGCUCCUGCCUGAUCAGAAGGCGUUUGUCCUGGAGAAACUUCCUCAAUCUCUGCCUCUGAGUGUAACAGCCAACCUGAUCAGCGAAGAGUGUUACUGGAAACGCUGCUGCGAGGGCCGCUGGGCCGUAAGCGAUGUCUCUGAAUAUGGCCACAGCUGGAAGCGCAUGUUCUUUGAGCGUCAUCUGGAGAACAUCAUUGAACUUUUCAUUCCAGACGUAACUGACCCCAAAGCAGUGCUGGACGUUGUGCCAUUCUGUCAAAACUACGUGAGGAGGUUGAAGAUAUCUCAGCUUCUUCCACCUAUAAAAGAACCGCCAAAGUUUGAUGAAGAUGAUGCUUCAGACUCUGCCAGCGAUGUGGGCAACGACAGGCCAUCCAUGGAUCACUUUGACUUCAGAAUCCUGCUGGACAAACUGACGAACUUGGAGGAACUGCAGCUGGUUUAUGGGGUUAAAGGGUGUGGCAUGAACUUCGAAUGGAAUCUGUUUGAGUUUACUUUCCGUGACUGCGAAUUCCUGGCCAAAGCUCUGAAAUCCUGCAAGUCUUUGAAGGUUCUCAGAAUCAAUCAGAGUAAAGUGGAUGAUGAGAAGUGUCGGACGCUCGUGAGUUACCUGCUGGACCAUCCCUCUCUGCUGGAGCUCGACCUCUCGCACAACCUCAUUGGCGACAGAGGAGCCAGAGCCAUCGGCAAGCUCCUGAACCGCAGCCGUCUGGAGUGGCUUGACAUUUACGACAACCAGAUCCAGGGUUCAGGAGCCCAGGCUUUAGCCCACGCUCUUUCCAAAAACACCUCCCUACUAUACUUCAACUUGAGACUUAACCGGCUGGGGGAUGAAGGUGGCCAGGCUGUGGCCCAGGCCCUACUGAAGAACAGCACCCUGCAGAACCUUAAUCUGGGAGCCAACGAGCUGACGGAGCCCACAGCGACAGCACUGUCCCAUGCUUUAGUGCAAAACUCAACACUGAGGAGCCUCAACUUGUCCUGCAACAGACUAGGAGUGGAUGGAGGGAAGGUGCUGGAGGAGGGAAUGUCUCACAACAGCAGCCUGCUGGAGUGUGAUAUCCGCCUCACUGAUGUUGGGCUGGAGAGUGAGUACUGCAUCGGACAGGUCCUGCGCACCAACCAGGCUAAAGCCCGCCGCAAACGCACGCAGGACCUCGCUGCCUCCAAAUGA